AUGGCGCUGGUCGGCCUGGGCAGGGUGGCGCCCACAACAGGCCUGAUGGUGCCGUUCCUGGAGCAACUCGUGGUGAAUGUUUCCGUGCUGACCAUCAUGGCCAUCUCAAUGGAGCGCUACUAUGCCAUCUGCAAGCCGUUGAGAGCUGGCUACACAUGGACCAAGAUGCGCGCCCUGGUGGUCAUCGUGAUCGUCUGGCUGGCGGCACUCGUCACGUCCAGUCCGAUCUUAUGGAUAGUGCAGUACAACAUGGUGGACUACACAGACAGCACGAAAGUGCCCGUCUGUACCACGAUGGCGCACACUACGCUGAACAAGCUGUACUACAUCUCGAAGGACGUGACGUUCUUCUUCCUGCCGGUGCUGGUGCUGCUGGUGCUCUACUCGGUCAUCACGCUGCACCUGAUACGAGAGCCGCGCACAGAGAAGUCCAACUUCCGCAUCUCGCGCAGUCACGACCCGCGCAACGGCGCAGAAACCAGCAACUACCGCGCACGCAAGCAGGUCGUCUUUAUGCUGAUCGCCGUCAUUGUCUGCUUCUUCUUAUGCAUGCUGCCGUCCUGUGUGUUCCGGCUUUUCAUCAUCAUCUCUCCUGACGAGCAGAUUCUAGGCCUCGGCUGGGAGCUGUACCACAACAUCAACUUCUUCUGCCGCAUCAUGACCUACAUCAACUGCUCCAUGAACCCCAUCCUGUACAAUGUGAUGUCAUCCAAGUUCCGCGAGGCGUUCCUGAAGGUGCUGGGCGUGCCGCCGGCCGGCCGCCACCUCAGCCGCCAAAGCACGUUCAACACGGCUUCCUCCACCACCAGCUCUCGGCUGAACAGCGUGCUGCGAGCCGAGGCGGCUGGUUCACCAGGCGGCCCUGCCGCGAGUCGCUACGGCCGCCAGAGCAGCUGCGCUUCGGUGCUGGGCAGGGGCGCGCGCGCGCACGAGGCGGCCACCGCGCUCGGCUCGUGGCCUCUGGAGCGGGUGCACAGCCUGGACCGCACCACGAACGUCAUCCGCGAGGGCGGCACCAACGGGCGGGCCGACUGCGUGUGAGGUGCAGGCCGGUGGCCGACGGCGGCUCUCGAGCGCGGGGUCGGCGCUGGCGGGCUGCGGGAGUCCAUGGACAGGCUGCGGGAGUCCGCGGGCGGGUUGCGAGAGUCCGCGGGCGAGCUGCGAGAGUCCGCAGAAGGCGGGCACGCGGUGUGUCUCGCGAACUCUCUGUCUCUUUGGGGAUGAAUCUGACGGCUGCGUUGGCGCCGGCCAAGCUUGCUCGGUGAGAGCGCGUCCGCAGCGCGUCACAUCUCGGAAGAAUAGGGUGGUGACGGCAGCCUCCAGCACCCUCUCGGCGCACAGAACUAGCCUCUGUUGGAGGUUGACGUAACUAGUCUGACGCACAGUGGCGGCGUCAUCGCGUGGUCCCGCGCCUGGUCGGGCCGGGUGUGGUGAGGCCUGGUCUGCUCUGGUGGGCUCUCACUGGUGGACGCUGGUGCUCCUCUGGUCUCAGGUGAUGUGUACCGCAUGCAGUGCAGUCGCCGCAGUAGCAGGUCGGACUUCGUGUGGACAGCAGCACUUGUGACGGCGGGUCUCUCCGGCAGCUGCGCCUCUCCAGCGCCGCCACUCCGCUGCAGGGUCGUAGAACUCGCAGGUCUUGAUGAUCUCUCCCGACGACCUCCACCUUGUAGCUUGCACGCCCCGUAACCGCAUUAGCGGUACCCGAGCGCCGUACUUACCAUUAAUAAGUACCACCAGGGGUAGCGUUUUGUAUAAUUUUUUGCCCUCAUCUCCCAAUGCUGAGUAGAGCCUGUUCAAUGCUGUUCUGAGUCCCUUAUGCAUAUGAGCAAAAAAUGAAAUAAAAUACUGAACCAAUUAAAUUCAUUAAGUGUCUGAACUGCUAAUACACUUAGAUUAAAGGCAUCACUAUCUACAUCAUCAUCGACAUAUAUAACCGUUAUCACUGUCCUGCCGGCUUCAAAUGGGAAGUAAUUCCUCGGCAUCAGCACAGUUUUGAAAGCGAACCCUUAAACAAAAGCUUUCUUUGACAUGAGAUACGCAAAUCAAAGUGGCCGAAAUCCAAGCAGAAAUCAAAAUUUGAGAGCAGGAUAGGUAAACUUUAUUGGUUCAGCUCCUCGGCCGAUUUUAAAAAGUGAUGCCCCUGAGUACCACCUCUAAUUAGCACCGCCACUAAUGAUAAUAAUUGGCUACUCGAAAUGCAAUGGGGCUGAGGGUUCCAAGAACGUUGUCCAUGGCAGUUCAUUGUGUCACACAGGCGUGAAAAACUUAAUAACCUGGUGGCAUUCCAACUCAUGUCAAAUAAUCUUUUCAUGCGAUCUUUUACGCACGCUUGAGUACGGAUUUUGCGCUGUUGUUCGGCGCAUUUUAAUGACAUCCUUGGGUUUCGCUCUGUAGGCUUACAUCCAUUACGGGAACUCCUUGCUGAGGUUGUCGGAUGCUCUCCAGGGGAUAUUUCGUUUACGGAGUGCUCGAUCAUCUCGGUCUUCUACAAACGUUUCAUUCGUUGUCCCUCGUUGGCAUGAACACGUCACUGUGUCACCAUCACGUGUAUGUAGUUUUAUCACUAGCGAAGUUGGCCGAGCAUCGUCCAUCUUGUGUCUAUGGUUCCUAGUUGUGCACUGCGUGGGCAUCAUAACAUGUGUCGCGUACCCGUACAUAGAUAUUAGCCCGGUUCGCAGGCGAUGUGUAUUGUUGAGAGAACAGCUGAUGUUAUCUGACAUGGAUGAAAAAGUGUAUAUAUAUAUAU